CUACCGAUCUCUGCGAGGGGAACUUCUCAAUAAUUAACGCCCCGCUCAUAUUUAUGCCGCGCGGGACGUCCCGAGCCAGACAGUAGGAGCUGGGACGUUGUUCCUUCUGGUGGCUAAAUUUUCCUUCCCGCACAGCGCAAUUGCGGUGCGAGGGACAGGUUGGCAAAACACACUUUGCCGCCGUGCCAACUGGUAAAGACAGCGAGCAAAAUGCAGCCCAUGGAUUACGACAAGGGGGAGCGGAAAGAAAAAAGUUCCCAAUGGAAGUACAUCAUCAUCGUCCUGUGCGUGGUGCUAGUCGCCGUGGCGCUGGCGGUGGGUCUGGGAGUGGGACUAAGCAAUCGCAGUAAGUCGCAAGACUGCGACGAGGGCUUGAAGUCGACCACCGCCAGUCCGACCAGCGCUAGCAAGCCGCCAGCCCCCGACAUCUGCCCCCCCACUACGGAUUCGAGCGGGCCGUGGAGCAACUUUCGGCUGCCUGACUACAUCAACCCUGAGCACUACCAGUUGGAGCUCACGCCGUUUAUGGAGGAAGACUACUACACCGGCGUUGUGGAGAUCUACAUACGUACCAAGCAACCCUCCAAGUACAUUUGGCUGCACACCAAGGACAGCAACUUGACCCAGCAGCCCACGCUCGGGCUGAAGGCUGGCUCAGGGAAUCCCAGCCCGAUCUCCCUGCGCCGCUGCUUCCAGUACAAAACCCACCAGUACCUGGUGCUGGAAGCCGAGAAGGAGCUGCCCGCCACUUCUGCCGAUGAGCAGUAUCUGCUAACACUGCACUUCCAGAACAGCCUCCUGGGCUCGCUGGUCGGCUUCUACAAAACCACCUACAUGGAUAACGGUGUUAAAAAGAGUAUUGCAGCUACUGAUCACGAACCAACAGAUGCACGAAAAACAUUCCCUUGUUUCGACGAGCCUAAUAAGAAGGCAACAUACAAUAUCUCUAUAAUACACAGUUCGUCUUAUGAUGUCCUUUCAAACAUGCCAGCUGAGAAAACGGAAAAGGUUAGCGAAAGCAAAACAAAAACAACAUUUCAAAGAUCUGUUAAGAUGAGUACUUACCUGGUUUGUUUUGCCGUUCAUCAAUUUACUUACGUGGAAAGAAAUUCAUCAAGAGGUAUCCCUCUUAGAAUAUAUGUCCAGCCUCAACAGAAACCUACAGCCAUGUUUGCAGCAGACACCAUGAAGAGAAUCUUCGAUUACUUUGAAAAGUAUUUUGACAUAACUUAUUCUCUACCUAAACUAGAUAUGAUUGCUAUCCCUGACUUUGGGACAGGUGCAAUGGAAAACUGGGGCCUGAUCACCUACCGAGAAACUAACUUGCUAUUUGAUGAUAAAGAAUCAUCCUCAUCCAAUAAGCAACGGGUUGCCACAGUCGUGGCCCAUGAGCUUGUUCAUCAGUGGUUUGGCAAUCUCGUCACUAUGGAUUGGUGGGAUGACUUGUGGCUGAAUGAAGGAUUUGCUAGUUUCUUUGAGUAUAUUGGAGUAAAUGAAGCUCAGCCUGAUUGGUUAAUGUUGGAUCAGAUUCUUCCAGAUGAUGUUUUGUCUGUAAUGCGUGAAGAUGCUUUGUCAUCAUCCCAUCCAAUCAUUGUUAAUGUGUCAACCCCAGCAGAAAUUACCUCUGUCUUUGAUAGCAUUUCGUAUAGCAAGGGUGCCUCAAUUCUACGGAUGUUACGUGACUGGAUAUCUCCGGAAAAAUUUCAGAAGGGAUGCCAGAAAUACCUCCGUGGUCAUCAAUUUAAAAAUGCAAAAACAGAUGACUUCUGGGAAGCCUUGGCUCAGGUCAGUGGUAAACCAGUAAAAGAAGUGAUGGAUACAUGGACACGACAAAUGGGUUUCCCUGUGCUGAGCGUUACUUCAGAUAGUGUAAUCUCGCAGAAACGUUUCCUGUUGGACCCAAAGGCAGAUGCAACUCAGCCUCCUUCAUUCCUGAAAUACAAGUGGAACAUACCCAUACAGUGGCAUACACUGGGAGGAGAAACUAGCACUUUACUGUUCAAGAUACCAGAUGCAACAGUGAAAAUUCCGACUAAUUCGUCUGCCCACAUCUUGAAAGUAAACACAGAGCACAUUGGGUUCUAUCGUGUGCAGUAUGAAGACUCGGCCUGGGAAAGAAUUAUCCAUAAACUGAUGAGCAACCAUACAGAUUUCUCAAGCAGCGAUCGCACAGGGUUUAUUGAUGACACAUUUUCACUGGCAAAAGCAGCUCUCCUGCAGUACUCUGUGGCCUUAAACAUGACAAAAUACUUGAAAAAUGAAACAGAUUAUUUACCUUGGUCAAUAGCUAUUUCAUCCAUUGCAUAUAUUCAGCGCAUGCUACGGGACGAUGACCAUCUUGACGAAAAGUUCCAGGCCUAUUGGAAAGAGCAGGUGAAGCCCAUUGCUAGUAUGCUUGGCUGGGAUGACAGUAACUCCCAUUUGGAAAGGUUACUGAGGAGCGACGUUCUGGACCUUGCAUGCUACACGGGAGAUACAGAAGCAUUAAGCAAUGCAAACAAGUUAUUCAGAGAAUGGUUAUCAGGCAAAAGUAUAGCACCUAAUCUGCGGCUACUUGUUUACCACUACGGAAUGAAACAAGCUAAUGAGUCUUCAUGGGAAUUUAUGUUUAAAAAGUACCAGGAAACCACUCUUGCCCAGGAGAAGGACAAGCUUCUGUACGGAUUAGCUUCAGUGGAGAAUAUUCAGCUUUUGGACAGGUUCUUAAGCUAUAUUAAAAAUGAAAGUUUCAUAAAGAGUCAGGAUGUGUUUACAGUUCUCAACUACAUUUCGUACAACAAAUAUGGGAAAACAAUGGCAUGGGAUUGGACACGACUCAACUGGGAAUACUUGGUGCAAAGAUACACAAUUAACGAUAGAAAUCUAGGACGACUAGUUUUGAGAAUAACGAGAUCAUUUAACACUGAACUCAGUUUGUGGCAGAUGAAAGACUUCUUUGCAAAGUAUCCAGAGGCUGGAGCAGGAAAAACUCCUCGUGAACAAGCUCUUGAGACUGUGCAGACAAAUAUAGACUGGUUAAAGAGAAACAAGAAUGACAUACUCCAGUGGUUACAAAGCAACAUCUGAAAAUGUAAGGUGAUUGCAAAUUCUCAGUGGAAACAAUUGUCAUUGUUUAAACACAAAGUAAGGAAAUCUACAGCAGUAGCAUUUGAGUCAUGUAAAAUUUUGUUUUUUUUUGGAAGUUUUAUGGAAAUUACCAUUUCUUUAAUCUAUAUUUUAAUUGUGGCCUGGUAAUCCAAAGUGGUUUUUGCAAAUACUUAGGAGCUGCACUGUGUUCUUCUGAUUGCAAUUACUGUGCCUUAUGAUGACUCUGUUUACAAUGCAAACAAUUAAACUGGAAGGAGCCAUGUGUUGUCCUUAUUGCAGAAAUACAAGCAGAACGCUGCUGUUAUAGUGGAAUCAAAUAAAAUAUGGACAUUUGAUGAAAUAUCUUGCAAGCU